AAGCAGUUUACUCACACGGCUGACGGCCGCCGUCUCAUAUCAUUACAAUAUAAAGAGGGUCUUGUCCCCGUGAGGGUUUAUUCACCUUCAACCUGCAGAGCCAAUUUUAAAUAUGUCUGAAAUGGAUGGUUUCGAGCUUGUCGUAGCCGGCAAAGUAGAUCUCGACGCGAUGACGGAGCUGACUAUCAUAGGUUGGGCCGAGGACCCCAUAUGGCAAGCUCUCAUGAGGAAUGUGGCGCGAGAGGAUGUUUUCAAUCUUCUUGCAUCAAUCCAUAGGACCCGUUUCCCAGAACCCCUCAGUAAGUACUACAAAAUUCAAGUGAAAGAAACAAAGCGACUGGUCGGCUGGACAAGCUUGUUGUGGCCGAAUCCAGACAAACAAGAGGAAGACAAGGAGCCCGAGGUACCGAAGCUCCCUAGCAUCAACGACCGGAUGGCAACAAUCUUCUGUACAAGGCUUAUGCCGUCUUCCAAGGAGAUAGGCUAUGACGAUAGGAAACACUUCCAUCGAAGAAGAACCUUCGUCCACCCAGAUUACCAGAAAUGGGGGUUCGGCACCUGGCUGACCGAUUACUGCAACAAGAUAGCCGAAGAAGUUCAAGGCGUCACUUUUGUGGGAGCCCGGCCUUCAUCCAGACCGUUGUUUGAGAAAGGAGGCUUCAAGAUUGUUGCAACGAUUGACGUUGACGUGACCGUGAAGUAUUCAGAGACUACCCCUUCUCAAUUCGAGUGCUCUGGUACCAAUCCGAAUAAUCCUUCAACAAGUACUGGCUCUUUUGCAACGCUUACUAAUCACUCAACAUUUCAAACGCACAAAUCGAGGCUGAUCGAGCCGUCGUCCAAUGAUAGGCCAGGCCUCGGAGUAAAUAUGGAUACUAUUACUCGGUGUUUAUAUACACACGUCGGGAAGGCGAUGGCCAACCCUAUCACCGCCCACAACACAAUCAUUGUCGAAUCAACCAAACACUUGAGAUACGAGAAAAUGGAAGGUGGAGGGUUUCGACUGCUAACCCUGCUUCCUGGGUUACCUGAAGAAGACAUAUCCUGUCGAUUAACGAUAGUACCACUACGGGAGGCACCCGCCUAUGAGACUCUAUCAUACGCAUGGGGAUCUCCAAAGCGUACGCGCAGAAUCUCUGUCGAUGGUCAAAGACAUGACAUCACUGAGAAUCUCUUUGCUGCAUUGCUUCACCUCCGGCCUAUGGAUCGGGCCCUAUGCCUCUGGAUUGAUGCCAUUUGUAUUGAUCAGCAAAAUCUUCAUGAACGAUCUCGACAAGUGAGCAUAAUGCGUGACAUUUAUCGAGGAUCCAAGCGAGUCUACGUCUGGUUGGGAUUGCCUGACGUUGGCUGGAAUUUCUUAGAUAAGCAUGGAUACCAACUUUCACGUUGCAAAGGUAGUUCUUGCGACUUGACUGGGAGGCAGACCACCUCUGAAUUUGGCAAUGACUCGCAUGGUCUCCAGAAUGCCGAGGUUCAAGCAACGGAAAGAAAUCCAUUCAAAGUGAUCCAGCAUUUCGCGAGCAAUAAGCACUUUUACGACUUACCUGGGUUCCACACAAGCGAAAACGGAGAGCAUACCUUCACUGACGACGGGAGAUAUGAAAGAAUAUAUGAAGACCUCAUCCAGCUGUUUCGCUCAGCAUGGUGGACCCGAUUAUGGUGUGUCCAAGAAAUCUUACUUGCGCCGGAUGCUCUUCUCGUCUAUGGCCCAUGGAGCAUUCCGUGGAUCAACCUCAAAGAAGCUUCCACUAACCAACGUCGCCAUAGCUUGUCUUGCUGCGCUGAAGCACUUACCCAACUUCCGCCGAAAUACUGGUUCUUCAGGGAUGACGAUAUUGUUGAACGAUCUGUACACACGAAAGCAAGCAACUUCGCGUAUUAUGAUCUCGAUCGAUUGCUUCGAUCAUACUGCCAUCGGAAAUGCCAGGAUCCUAGGGACAAGAUAUACGGCCUACUAGGGCUUGUCGACCCAGCGAAGUAUUCGAGUUUGAAACCUGACUACACGAAAGAUACACACGAAGUCUACUACGAUGCAACAGUGGCUAUAUACAGCCAAACACCCCUAAGUCUCCGUUUUCUUGCGGGACGAAGCUCCUCCUCGGCCAUGGAUACUACGCAUUUACCUUCGUGGAUCCUGGAUUUCUCAGAAACGCCAGAUAUAGAGUCAAUAUGGUAUGCAAAACGCCGAAAUGAGCUCUACGACCUCUAUCAUGCUGCCGCCCAGACAGCUGCGGACGUGAAAUUCAUGAACAAGACUCAACUCAGGCUCAAAGGCACGCAGAUCUCUUCGAUCACAGAGAUGGGAAGCGUUCGCACAAGUGUGUAUUACUCAGACUCCGUUGGCAUGGUCAAAACCUGGUCUAAAUUCGUAGGCCUGGAUUUUUGGAAACUCUCCGAUAAUACGCGACAUUCCUCCCUUCAGGAGCAGUUCUGGCGCACGCUAAUUGCGGAUGUCAUGCUAGACUCGCCCGUAGAAUGGCGUUGGCGAAGAGCUUCCAACGAAGACAUAGAUACCUAUAUCCAAGCUAUGGCGAACUUCUUCCAGCACGAGCCGCAAAAAGGCCUAACAUUGAAUCUCAAUCUAACAAAGACUAUGGCCAUUGUGGCUUUUGGGAGAGCGCUCUUCAUCACGGAUGAUAAAAAUCUGGGACUCUGCUAUUCUAGCACAGAAGUUGGGGAUGAGAUUUGGGUUCUUCAUGGUAGUAAUGUACCAUUUAUACUGCGUCCUCAAUCUGAGAGGGGAGUGUUUCGUCUUAUUGGAGAUUGCUAUUUAGAUGGCUUCAUGGAUGGGCAAGCCUUCGCAGAUCCAGCUUAUGAGAUUGAAGAUAUUCUCCUGCAAUGA